AAGGCACAGAACGGCACCGUGUUGAGUUGUCAGGUCACGUGUAAAGUUCUCCAAAGUUGGAAAAAUAAUGUUAAAUAAUAGUUCAAUCAUCAACAGUUCGUAAAUUGACACCAAUUAUUUUACAGCCUUUAUAAACCGUCCAGAAAUUAACGUAAAAUAUAUUAUCUUUAAUACUUUUUAACCGGUCACAUAACUUUUAAGGUUAUGUUAUGCCUUCAAUCUCAUGAAAUGAUAAAUAAGAUUCUGGUUAAUUGUUAAUGACUAAAGUGUAAGUAAAAAAUGUCUGCAAUCGAGGAUGGAGGGGUAAAGCAUAAGUCGCAUCGUGAUCGCAACGCGGGGCGAAAGGCAGAAAAGAAAAAAAGCAAAAAUGAACAUGUUCAAGAGUUGACAGACAAGCAAAAGAACCCAAAGGCUUUCACAUUCAAUUCGGCCAUAAGAGCUGAGCGUGGUUUCAGACGCAAACAAGACCUUGAAACCAAAAAACAGCAUGUACCACUGGUGGAUAGAACGCCUCUGGAACCACCACCUGUCUUAGUGGCUUUAGUUGGUCCGCCAAAAGUGGGCAAAUCGAUGCUAAUGCAAUGUCUAAUAAAGAGCUUUGCUCGGCAGCCAUUGUCGAAUAUUCUUGGCCCAGUAACUGUUGUUUCUGGUAAAAGACGUCGCAUAACAUUCAUUGAAUGCAACAACGACAUCAAUAGCAUGAUCGACAUAGCCAAAAUAGCCGAUUUGGUUUUGCUCCUGGUGGAUGCGUCGUUCGGUUUUGAAAUGGAGAUAUUUGAGUUUCUCAACAUAUGCCAGGUGCAUGGUAUGCCGAGAAUAAUGGGAGUCCUGACGCAUCUGGACCUCAUAAAGAAUACCAAGCAGUUGAGAAAGACCAAGAAAACACUGAAGCACAGAUUUUGGACGGAAGUUUACGCCGGAGCAAAGCUAUUCUAUUUGUCUGGACUCCUCCACGACGAGUACCUCCGCAAUGAAGUAAAGAAUCUAGCUCGUUUUAUAUCAGUGAUCAAGUUCAGGCCUCUGACUUGGCGAACCACGCAUCCGUACCUCCUGGCAGAUAGGAUAGAAGAUCUCACCCCACCAGAAUCCAUUAGACAGAAUACGAAAGUCGACAGAACAAUCAGUCUCUAUGGAUACGUGCGUGGUGUUCCUCUGAACAAGGAAACUUCUGUGCAUAUUCCUGGCUGCGGAGACCUCAAGAUCAAGGAUGUCAGUUUCUUGCCUGAUCCUUGCCCGCUGCCUGAUCAAAUAAAGAAACGCGCUCUCGUUGAAAAGGAGAGACUGAUCUACGCUCCGUUUUCGGGAGUUGGCGGUAUCGUCUACGAUAAGGAUGCCGUCUAUGUAGAAUUGGGAGGAAGCCACUCCCAUCAAGAGAAGGAAGGAGAGGAUCCCAGUCUGGUUGGCAAUUUGAUGGAAACGCAAGAAACCAUCGACACUAAGUUGCGACGUAGCGAAAUGCAGAUUUUCAGUGGCACUGCACUGAUUAGGUCAGAAGAUGUCGGAGAAGAGUUCAAUCCUGAUUCGCAGGGCAAAUCAUUUAUCGAAGAACAAAGGAUCAGACGUAAAGUAGUAUUCGACGAUGAGAUGAACGAGCCACUCAACGACGAAGAAGACAGCGACGAUGAGGUGGAUUUUGGUAAACAAAAUUAUGAUUCGGAUGGAGAUGAACUGGAAAGUAAUGAGAGGAGUAAAAGAUCCUGUUCAGAAGAAGACGACAGGAUCAUUUGUAAAAGAAAAAGAAUUGAAGACGGAGAUGGAAAUGUAUCAGUGAAGUUCAUUGGGAACAAAGAUCAGGCUGUAACUGAUAGUGAGCAAUUGUAUCGCGGACUUAGCAACAAUCCCGAUAGUCAUAUAAAGGACAAAAUCUCUCAGGCAUUGAGUAUGCUGGACAGUAAUAAAAAAAUUCGGGACAACAGAUCAGAGGCUGAUCUCAGCGAAAAUGAAAGUUUUGACGAAGAGAGUGAUGAUAAUGAUUCUGAGCUACGUUCGAAUGUUGAUGUUGAUGGAGAUGAGUUGCAAUGGAAAUCAAAUCUGACGGAAAAAGCAAGCGAAGCAUUUACGGAUCGGCUAAGAUCCCAAAAAAAUUUAAUGAAAACUGUAUAUGGAGAAUUUGACAAAUCUUUUGUGGCUGUCAAUGACGAAUCAAUUUCGGACGAUGACUCGAAAAACGAAGAUAUCGGUGGUAUUUUUCGCAUUGUAAAUAAGCAGGAAAGGCAGAAGCUGGAGGCACGAGAACUACGGAAUCAAGAGGAGAGCGUGUUUUACUCGAUAGAAUUGUCGAAGGAUUGGGAAUCGGACGAAAACAGAGUUCUGCUAAUAAAUCGUUUUGUGACUGGCAAAUGGAAGGAAUCCGAAGAUGCCGAGGAGCUGUUAAAGCUCGACGACCUUGAAGAUAAUGACGAUUUGUACGGGGAUUUCGAGGAUCUGGAAACUGGGGAAAAGCAUAAGGCUGAAGCUCCCGAAGAAAGGACAUCCAGUGAGGCUGACGAGCGACGAAAACUGAUUGAGAAGAAGCGAAAGCUUAAGGAGAAGUUCGACUCGGAGUACGACAAGGGUGACGACAAGUCCUACUACGACGAGUUAAAGUCAGAAGUCGAGAGGCAGGCACAGUUAAACAAGUCAGAAUUUGAGGGCAUCGCGGAUGACAUCAGGGUCCAGCUCGAGGGUUUCAGGCCUGGAAUGUACGUGCGUGUCGAGUUGGACUCGGUGCCCUGCGAGCUGGUAACAAAUUUAGACCCGACUUACCCGCUGAUCGUCGGCGGGCUGUUGCACGGCGAGGAGAACAUCGGGUUUGUGCAGACGCGGAUAAAGAAGCACCGGUGGUACAAGAAGAUCCUGAAGACCAAAGACCCGCUAAUUAUCUCUGUCGGUUGGCGGCGGUUCCAGGCAUUGCCUGUUUACGCAAAGCUCGAGGACAAUCUCAAGCACAGAAUGUUGAAGUACACGCCUGAGCAUGUGACUUGCAUGGCUCAUUUUUGGGGCCCUAUAACUCCUCAGGGCACUGGAGUUUUGGCGGUACAAGACGUGGCUGCCAGGCAAGCAGGUUUUCGCAUCGCAGCGACCGGCUCCAUAGUCGAGCUUGAUAAGUCGACGUAUAUCGUCAAGAAGCUCAAGUUGACCGGCGCCCCGUUCAAGGUUUACAAGAAGACGGCAUUCGUCAAAGGAAUGUUCAACUCCAGUUUGGAAGUGGCCAAGUUUGAAGGCGCCAAAUUGCGUACUGUGUCUGGAAUUCGUGGUCAGAUAAAGAAGGCUUGUUCCAAACCGCAGGGUGCCUUUCGUGCGACCUUCGAGGACAAGGUGUUGCUCAGUGACAUCGUCUUUUGUCGGACCUGGUACAAGGUAGACGUACCAAAGUUUUAUAGUCCUGUUACAUCGUUGUUGCUGCCGCCGAAUGAGAAAAAUCAAUGGCGAGGGAUGAGGACGACUGGCCAGCUCAAGAGGGAGAAUAAUUUAAGAGCUCAACCUAAUCCGGAUUCACUUUACACAGAGAUCAAGAGGGAUCCGAAAGUUUUCAAACCGCUGAUCAUACCGCGGACUCUGCAGAAGGGUUUGCCAUACAAAGACAAACCGAAAUUACAACCUGUUAUCGAAAAGCGUAGACCAAAAUUCGAAGAUCGACGACCCGCCGUUGUUAGAGAGCCCAAGGAGGAACAAGUAGCGAAGCUUAUGAAAAUGCUUAGAACUUCGUACAGCCAUAAACAGGAUCAACUGAAGGAAGCUAUGAGCAGAAGGAUCAUGGCCCAUCAGGCCCGAAUGCAGAUUGAAGAAGCGAGGAAAAUGGGUAGACAAAAAGAGUUGAAGAAAGAAGUGUUUAGAAAACUUAGUAAAAUGGAGGCUAAGAAUAAAAAUAAAAGAAACUAAGAGUACUCUUUCAUUAUAUCUGUAAUAUGAUUUCUUCUAUUAACAGCUAUGUAUAUUUUCGAUAGUUAUUUUUAAUUGCCUUUUUCUAUUCUUAGUCACAAUUAAUUGUUUUAAUCUUGUUCACCUACUAGUGUGAACUUGUUGACCUUUAUGUUCAACAUCUGUUAUCUAGGUGAAUGCACUGUACAGAUCAAUAAAUUGUGAUUUUGCAUCAAUCGAAAUAUUGAAAACACUUGUUUCAAAUUCCACUCAAUGCAUGUAUAAGUUAUUUCUUUCGACGAUAAUGAAUUUGUAUUUCAAUAAAUCUGUGUGGACUGUGUCUAAGUACAAUUCA